AUGUUCCUGUUUCCAUCUUUCCUUCUCCUUGGUGUGGUAACAGCAUCUUAUGCAGAGACUGUAACUGAAGGUGCUCAAAGUACCUGCCCUGUGGUUGCCUGCAGUUGUCCAGUCCUGAAUGGCUUCCCAGGCAAAGAUGGACGAGAUGGGGCCAAGGGAGAGAAGGGUGAACCAGGCGAAGGGCUCAGAGGCUUGCCGGGUCCUCCUGGAAAGGUAGGACCUGCAGGAUCCCCAGGGAUUCCUGGGCCCAAAGGAGCAGUGGGGCCUAAAGGAGCAGUGGGGCCCAAAGGAGACUGAUUUGAUUCUAGAAAAAUUGAUGCAGAAAUAUCAGCCCUGAGGUCAGAGUUGAGAGGCUUUAAGAAGUGGGUGCUCUUAUCGAUGGGUGAACAAGUUGGAAAGAAGUACUUUGUGAGCACCGGUAAAAUGUUGAACUUUAAUGGAGUCAAGGCUCUGUGCUCCCAAUUACAUGCCUUUGUGGCCACUCCCCGGAAUGCUGAGGAAAACGUGGCCAUCCACAAGGUGGCUAAAGACAUCGCCUACUUGGGCAUAACAGAUGAGAGGACUGAAAAUCGAUUUUUGGAUUUGAGUGGAAACAGAGUGCAGUACACUAACUGGAGUGUUGGCCAGCCUAAUGACACUGGCAAUGAGGAAGAUUGUGUGGUGAUCUGGUCAAAUGGCAAGUGGAAUGAUGUCCGUUGCUCAGACUCCUUUUUGGCAGUCUGUGAAUUCUCUGACUGA